AUGGCAAAGGUUGAUAUUGAACCUCGAUUGAUCCUUAGGCGCUCCAAGCUGUCGUGUCUUAUCUAUCUUGCGAUCUUGGAACGCAAUAUCUGCAGCCACGGCUACAGAGUCUCCCCUCCUUACGCAAUCCUCGAUCAAAACUCGACCCUCAGCUAUCCAUUUACCUGGGCGUGGUGCCCGCUGAGUCUAGAUGAAUUCUGCAUUCGAGAUCCUGAGGACCAGGAAAUACCCUACCCGCAUUUACAGAUAGCCAUUUUCAGCUUCGACUGCCCUGGCGAUAGUAGUAUACUCGCAAGUAAGCUUUCCGUGUUAGUACAAAUGAUUGGUAUCCGAUCCCGUCAGCCUACCUUCUCGGGGACUCCGAGCAUCGCUGCCUUGUUGAUCUCCAUUUUUGGCGCUCGUCAAGUACGCGUGAUCCAAGCCUUCUAUUCCAAAGGAAAGUGUAAGAAAGGAGGGAAAGAGGGAGAUCCUGAGCUCACGGUGAAGCUGGGUAAGACAAUGGAUCUUGCCAGCAAGAAUGAAAACGAGAACGAGGAACGCAAGGAUGCGAUCAUUCGGUGGAUGACAUGCAGCCUAAGUUUCCUACAGACUGAGAAGACUUAG